AUGUCCGGCGCGCGCGGGCGAUGCGCGUGUCCCAACUGUCAGGUGACGACCGCGCCUUCCAACGGCCGCAUGCCCGAGCGGCCGAUCGUGUGCGCGCCGUGCGUCCGCCGCACCCUCCGCGAUCGCCGCGCGGAGCUCGACGAGGCGCAUCGCGCGCACGCGACGUCGCGCGCGAGGCUCGAGCGGGCCAUGACCGCGACCGCGGGGCGCGACCGCGCGGAGGGACCCCGGGCCGCGCUCGCGACGGAGCGCGCGCGGAACGCCACCGAAGACCUUCGACGCGCGCGCGCCGAGAACGCGCGAAUCGAGAGCGCCAUCCGCGACGAGCGCGACGGCCUGGCGCGAGCGCGCGAGGCGCUGACGACUCGAGCCGCGGCGCUGGCGACGGCGCAGGGGACGGCGCGCGCAAACAGGAUGAGGAUGUUUCAAUCCGCGCUGCCGGAAGAGACGAGGCUUCAGACGCUCCGGCUGAAGCACGCGCGAGAGCAGCUCGCGGUGGAGCGCGCGAGGGCGGUGCAGCGGCUCCGGCUCGUGUUUCCCAUCGCCGCGGAGCGCGUUCCGGUCGAAAGCAACCCAGGAAAGGACGAGUCGAAUGCCAAAAACCAAAUCGCAAACGUCGCAAACCCCGUCCACCCGGUCGGGUCCCGGCAUCGUCCGCGACCCCCCACCGCGGUGACCGUGUGCGGGUUGCGGAUCCCCGACCCAGGCGACGCGUCACCGCUGAACCCGCGCGAGAUAUCCGCCGGCCUGGGCAUGACCCUCGCGCUCGUAAACCUAUCCGCGGCGGUGUUGGGUGCACCACAAUUGCACCGAGGUGAGUUUCGGGGCAGCGAGUCGUUUAUAUGGACCCCCGGGUCAUUCUGGGAGGACGAACCGGAAGCCGCGAAGCCGGGAAGCCGCGAAGCGCGGAAGCUGCGUCUGUACCUUCCGGAGAAGUACCUUCCAACAGGGGAUGCGGGCGGCGAGGAGAUGCGAGGGGGGAUGCCCGCGGGGGACGCCCGCAAAGAAGGGGGGUCCGACGACGCGAGGGGGGAACUCGACGGGUCGGGCUCACGUCAUUCACCGCGCGGCGUCGGUAAAAGCGGGCGACGAUCGUCGCCGCUGAGCGGCGCCCUGGAGGGCCUGAACCGCGGUCUGGACCGCGUCGAGGCGGCGCUCCAGGGCGUCGACGGCGCCGGUCGCGUCGCCGCGGCGGUUGGCGCGGUGGCGGGCGGCAUCGGCACCGUCGCCGGCGGGAUCGGCACCGGCAUCGGACGCGUGGGAGCCGCGGUGUACGAAACCGGCGAGCGCGCGGCGACGAACGUCUCCAAGACGGCGUUGAACCUACGGCCGGGCGUUGCAGGCGUUUCAGGCGUUUCAGGCGUUUCAGGCGCGAACGGUUCGACCUCGGCCCGCCCGAACGACCCGAAUAAACCCCGAAUAAACCCCAUCCAUCCCACGGUCCCCAUCCACCCCGCGGAGUGGAGUAAGCAGGCGGAGCGGGAGGCCGUCGCGGCGAGGGCGCGCGCGGAGUUGAACGCGGGGAUUCGCCUGCUGCAUCGGUCGGUGGGCGCCAUCUGCGCCGACGCGAAGCCGUCGUUGGGUGGUGAGUCACCGGGACCCGAGGACUGGGGCCCGCUGGCGACGCUGGCGCUCACGCUUGCGACGGCGGCGCGCGGCGCGAAAAAGGGUGGGGGCUUUCCCGACGCCACCGCGUGGGUGCAACGACGAAGGUUGAACGCGUCGUCGUGCGACGCGGACGGCGGAACCGUUUCGAAAACCGUUUCUUCGGGCAUCGCGGGGAGGCUGGGCGCGUGGGAGACGCGUGCGGAGAGCGCUUUUUUGGCACCCGCGAUUUCGCGAGCGGCGCACAGCGGCCUGACCGGCGCGCAGUCGCUGAUGUCCUCGGUGUUCGGGGGGCGAAACGGUUUUCGAAACGGACGGGGCGCUUCGACGUCGUCCGGAACGAUCGGCGAGGACGACGACGGCGGCGACGGCGCCUCUGACGACGAGGGCGGACGUGAAGACGGUGAAAGCUCGGCGAUGGCUGAGUCCACGUGGCAGCUCGUGGACGCGCCCGUCGGACGCACAGCUGUGCGCGACGGCGUCGCCGCCGUGUCCAGCCGGGGCCGAGCCGCCGUCCUGCCCCCGCCGCCGUCCAAGCCGGAGGAUGUGGAGCGAUGGACGCGCGCCAUGGAUUUGGGGGGUGGGAGGAGGGCGGGUGGAUGAGAGCGUUUUUGGCGUUUUUUGGUUUUUGGUUCGAUCGCGACGCGGGUCGGGAGUCGAAACCGGAAAGUAAACCGCCCGACAGUGUUGUCAAACAGUGUUGUCACUCGUAAAGUACGAAGAUAGAUUAAACUUUC